AUAUAGACUAGAGGCGUACAUUCUAAAACACAAGAGGAAACUUUAAUAAUAGAAUCUCACCAAAUAACUAGUUGCUAAAUAAGUACUAAUCAAUAAUUAGUGGUGAACAAAUUAGGAAACUGAAUACUAAUGACCCAUGACUUUGGGGACUGUUUUCAAGAGGCUACCGUGGAGUGUUUUCUUCAAACGUUGAGGCCUGACAUUGUGAGAGAGGUUUGCCCUGAGAAUAUAGAGAUGAGAUCACUCGAACGUGCUAUCAUAUCUCCCUUACCCUUUAUUCUUCAACACAAAGCGUUGAUAUUCGUGUUGCAUUGCUUAAAAUUCUUCUUCAUGUUUUGGAGAGGCAUGGAGAAAAGCUGCAUUAUAGCUGGUCAUAUAUUCUUGACGUUCUAAGGUCUGUGGCGCAUGCCGCUGACAAGGAUCUCAUUUCUCUUGGAUUCCAGUGCCUCCGCAUUAUUAUGAAUGAUGGCCUUUCAUCAAUACCUACUAAUUGCCUUCAUGUGUAAGUAAUAAUUUGUUCUCACAACCGUACACCUUAGAUAUAAAACCAUGUUUAAAUUGUUUGGUGGAUUACUUAUUUUAGAUGGUUAACCCCAAUUACAUGAUUAGCACAGUAAACCUAGUUG